UUCAUGUUCUUCCGAAUCCUAGUUCUCUUUUUCACCACCGCCACCAUUGUGCUUCUGGCAUGGUCGUUGGUUGGCUGCUAUAAAAACGAAAGCUAUCUCACCAACAAUUAUCUCAUCAGCUUGCAGGUCUCGAACUUAAACCUUUCCACGCUUUUUGAAGAUACGUCAUUUUUCUCCAAGCGUGAUAGCUUGAUAUCUGAGGCCCAGGCUGUAGCUGCCACGGCCUCGAUUCCAGACUCCAUCGCCACACUUGUUUCCGAAAUCUCGGGUGAUUUCUCAUCCGCCCUUAAUGAUAUCAUCGCUUCUGCCAGCCCUUCUGAUUUGGGUCUUUCAGAUAUGUAUUCGGUGGGCUUUUACGGAUACUGCAAAGGGGAACUCACGGGCAAUGUGACGGACUACUCCUCUGAGCUUGGCGAACUCGGCAAACAAUUUCGAAAUGACAAUGUCAACUACACAUAUUGUUCAGCUCCUGAAUUUGGAUACAAGCUUGAUCCUUUGGCCCUUAUCAAGCACGAGAUGAUGGAACAAAUCCAAAAUUAUGGAGAUGGCUUGGCCACUUUGAGCCCCGGGCUCUCCGAUUUGUUUAUCUCUGAGUUGCUGACCGUGGCAUCCUCGUUGACAUACGAAAACUUGGGCCUUCCGGGCAAUUUGAAGCAGGAUCUCGGAAUGCUCAACAGCGUGACCAUUGCCGGGUUUUCUCUUAUUUUUGCGGGAGCCUGUCUAUCAUUCGUGUCGUUUGCUUUCCAGAUGGUGGGUCUUUGCUGCUCACCUGGAAAUAUGUGUUUGUCAUUGUGCAACUUCUUGCUCAUGUUUCUUGUGGCAUUGAUCGUCAUCAUUGGCUCGGGGCUUACUACAGGUGUCUUUUUGUAUGUAAGGAACACUGUGAAUCAAGACCUAGAUGAUUUUGGGGUCAAAACAUACUUGUCCCAGCAAUUCUAUGCGUUUGCCUGGAGUGCUGCAGUGUCGGCGUUGAUGUUUGUUGUUUUGAGUAUCAUUGGAUAUUGCUGCGGAUGUUUUCAUCCACGUCAUAGAAAGCCCAACAGAAGCGAGCCGGAGGUGUGGUAUGACCACAAGAUGUGA